UUACAGACCGAUGUUAUCCUCCAUAUUACAACUUCAGUAUUUUCUGCAACUACUUCUCUUUGUGUUGCCUGAAUUAUAAUAAGAAUGAACUAAAAAUAAAGAGAAAAAAAACAAAAUAGGGCGAGAGGCAGGGUAAACCUAUUAAAAAUGAACAAAUAAAACAAAGUGAUCUGCAAUGGUGUAAAGAGUUUUGAUCUCUUUCACGUGUGGACAAGCAUCACCAUGAAAACUGUUUUCAAAAAUAAACUGUCAACAAGAGCUGCAAUAAUAGACACAUGUCAACUAAUUAUCUUCACACAUUUAACUUCCUCUAUUCUAUUAUUGAUCAUUUUCCACUGUUGUACAGUCCUUUAAAGGCGUUAUAAGGGAGUCUGCAAAAUGCACUAAAUAUCAACCUAAAGCAUUUUGAUGUGUUUUUUUCACUCAUUUAAUAUCCAUGUCAAGAGAAUGAAGGAAGUAAGGAAGCUUAAAAGCAAUGAACUGAAUUCAUUCAGCAUAAGGAGUGAUGUCACUAUGAGGAAGUGAGCAGGAAGUUGAUGCUGUAUUCAUCUCUGAGACUGUCUCAUUGGUCAAAGUCAGAUUACACUGAAAGCACGAUGGCUGCAUUCACAUGGAUUCAAAUGCCUUCAUUACUGAUACUGAUGCUUCAGUUUAAAGGAACAACUGAGCAACAUCAACGUGGACAUGAUGUUACUCUGCCUUGUAAAAAUGUGAUACAAGGUCAGCAUAACUGUAUCAGUACUACCUGGCUCUUCAGUGAUUCAAGCAGCUCAGUAGAACUCUUUAACCUUGGGCAGAAAAAACAAGUCAAAGCUAAAUCAGACAGACUGAGUCUUUCUGCAGACUGUUCUCUGGUUAUAAAGAAGGUCACAGAUCAGGAUGUUGGUCGUUACACCUGCAGACAGUUCAAAACACCAACAGGAUCACAAGAAGGUCCAGACUUUAUGAUUCAUCUGUCUGUUAUUAACAAGCCGGCAACAACAAAAUCAACAACAGUGGAGUUUACCACAAAAACAUCAUCAACAAGAAAAUCCACAACAACAACAACGUCAGAAGGGACAUCAAAUAAUCCAGGAGAUCAGUCAUGGUUUAUCAUCGUUCCUGUGAGUUUAGCAGCACUGUUAGUUGCGGUGAUCCUCAUAUGGAAGAAAACUAAAGAAAACAAAACACAACAGAGCGACAACACUGCUGAAGCCGAUGAUGAAGUUUCCUACGCCUCCAUCAGCUUCACAAAGAAAACCAAGAGUAAAGACCGGCCCCGCGCCGAUGAUGAUGGUGAGACUGUGACCUACAGCACUGUGAAAACUUUCUCUCCACGUGCUGGAGUUUCCGCUGAUUCCAGCGACCUCUAUUCCACCAUCAACAAACCAAAGACAUAGUAUGUUGGUCAUGAAAGGCUGCAUGUUGUUUUUCUUGAUGCUGCAUCAAUGUUUCAAUUGUAAAUUUCUUUACAUUUUUUAAAUUAAAAUGUAAUAUUUGUGUGUAAUAUAUAGGUAAGCACUUUUUUGAAAGCUUAACUCAAGUCAGUACAGACAAGGUAGUUUAUUUAGCUUCUGAAUUAAGUCAUGUGAGAUGUUUUUAAGUAAAUAACUUAGCUGUUGUUUUCUUAAGCACAUUAGUAGAUCUAAAUCUUCCCAUUCCUUAAUUUUAAAUUUUUUUUAAUGCCUUAAACAUAUUCUCAUCAUCAUCUAUGACAGUAUUAAAUUACACACCAAGCACGAUAGGUUGUUGCAAAAAAGUAAUCUUAAAAAAUGCAAUGUGAAAAAAAU